ACUAAAGUGAGAAAAAGGUUUAGCGAAAGUUACGACCAACAAAACAAAACAAAAUGAGAGUUAUACUUUUUCUUAUUCUUACCAUCGCGCCUUUAUAUCAGUGUUCAAGUUAUAAAGUAACGGAUCAGGUAUAUUUUGACAUUCAAAUCGAAAAUGAAUUCCUGGGAAGAAUAAUUUUUGGACUAUUUGGCGAAGUUGCCCCGAAAACUUGUAAAAAUUUCAAAGAAUUGGCCACAAAUGGUAUAAAUGGAAAGACGUAUGUCGGAACCAAAUUUCAUUCGGCUAUAACAAGAAUCAUGAUUCAAGGAGGUGAUAUUGUUAACAAUGAUGGCACAGGUUCAAUAAGCAUUUAUGGAAAAUAUUUUGAUGAUGAAAAUUUCACAAUUAAGCACAAUUCUCCAGGCUUGUUAGCGAUGGCAAAUCAAGGUCCCAACAAAAAUGGUUGUCAAUUCUUGAUUACGACAAUGGCAUGUCCUUGGUUAGAUGAAAAAAACGUGAUUUUUGGCAAGGUUAUAAAAGGAGCAGAGGUUGUACACAGGAUUGAACACUUGAAGACUGAUGUAAAUGAAAAAAUUUUGAAACAUGUUUUUGUAUCGGAUGCUGGAAUAAUCGAGACCAACCCGUUUUAUGAGAAUUCCAAAAAUUAUGAGGCUACUAGAUCUUGCUAUGGUGAUGAAGCUAUUGGCUAUGUCCAGCUAAAGAGAGAAGAUGAUGUUGUCGUGAAGGGACGUAUUACUCCUGAACACAGAGUUAAGUUAAAACUGUAUGAAAUUUCUGUCAAAAUAGACACAAAAACGAAAAAAAAAAUUAAAAUGUAUAUGUGAGGACUGCACAGCUUCUCUUGGUAUUUGUCAUAGUAUUAGAUUAGAUUACAAUAUCCGAAUUUGUUGAUUGAACACAGUUUUUGAGAUUAAUAUUUCUGCAUUUCUAAUGUCCGGCUUUCAAGCAGUUAUUAAAUUUUUAAUUAAAAACUUUAACAACUUUUAUUUUAA